GAAGUAGAGCGCGGCGCGCGGCGGGCCGGUCCGCGGGGCGGCGAGGGGCGGUGAGGGGCGUCCUGCUGCCGGCGCCGGAGUGGGGCUGGAGGCGGGGCCGGGGCCCGGCGCGGGGCCGCCCUGCCCGGUGAGGUCCCGCAGGAGGAAGUAACAGGAAGACCGUCUGACGUCAGGUAAGAACCCGCAGCACGAGUCACUGAAGGAGAGAAAUUGGACGUUCCUGUUGGCUCCGUAAGUACCUGUGAGGACGAUUACCUUGACCCCGUGGCCACCGGCCUCAUCCUGACGAAGGCCAGGGAGGCAGAGGACCGUGCGGAAAGAGGAUUAUGGCAGGGAAAGUGAAAUGGGUCACUGAUAUCGAGAAGUCGGUGCUGAUAAAUAACUUUGAAAAGAGAGGAUGGGUCCAAGUGACAGAAAACGAGGACUGGAACUUCUACUGGAUGACUGUGCAAACCAUCCGAAACGUUUUUAGUGUCGAAACUGGUUAUCGGCUCUCAGAUGAUCAAAUAGUCAACCAUUUUCCGAACCACUAUGAACUGACCCGGAAGGAUCUGAUGGUGAAGAAUAUUAAAAGAUACAGGAAGGAGCUGGAGAAAGAAGGGAGUCCUCUGGCAGAAAAAGAUGAAAACGGGAAAUACCUCUAUCUGGACUUUGUUCCGGUCACCUACAUGCUGCCCGCGGACUACAACCUGUUCGUGGAGGAGUUCAGGAAAAGCCCCUCCAGCACCUGGAUCAUGAAACCUUGUGGCAAAGCCCAGGGAAAGGGCAUCUUUUUGAUCAACAAGCUCUCGCAGAUCAAAAAGUGGUCCCGGGACAGCAAAACAUCUUCGUUUGUGACCCAGUCCACCAAGGAGGCCUACGUGAUCUCCCUGUACAUUAACAACCCGCUGCUGAUCGGCGGGAGGAAGUUUGACCUGCGCUUGUACGUGCUGGUGUCUACGUACCGCCCACUGCGCUGUUACAUGUAUAAACUUGGAUUCUGCCGCUUCUGCACGGUGAAGUACACCCCAAGCACCAGCGAGCUGGACAACAUGUUUGUUCAUCUCACCAACGUCGCCAUCCAGAAGCACGGGGAGGACUACAACCACAUCCACGGGGGCAAGUGGACGGUGAACAACCUGCGGCUGUACCUGGAGAGCACCCGAGGCAAGGAGGUGACCGGCAAGCUGUUCGACGAGAUCCACUGGAUCGUCGUACAGUCGCUGAAGGCCGUGGCGCCGGUGAUGAACAACGACAAACACUGCUUCGAGUGCUAUGGCUAUGACAUCAUCAUCGACGACAAGCUGAAGCCCUGGCUGAUUGAGGUGAACGCGUCCCCGUCUCUCACCUCCAGCACCGCCAACGACCGAAUCCUUAAGUAUAACCUGAUCAAUGACACCCUCAAUAUCGCAGUCCCUAAUGGCGAGAUUCCAGACUGUAAAUGGAACAAAUCACCCCCGAAGGAAGUUCUUGGCAAUUACGAAAUUCUAUCAUGCGCUUUCCUACACAGGCCCGGUGCGCGAAUGUUAAUGGAGAGGGGCGGCUAUGAUGAAGAGCUGGCGCAGGGCGACGGGGCUGACCGGGAGCUGAGAAGUCGCCAGGGCCAGUCGCUGGGGCCCAGAGGGGGCCGAUCGAGAGACUCGGGGAGAACCGUCCUCACAACCUGGAAGUGACCACCAGGAGGCGCAGAAGACCGCAGCCCGACCCUCCCACAUGCUCCCCACACCUGGGCCUAUUUUGAAAUUUCCUUUUUUCUAGAGCUUUUUUUCCUUUCGUAAGCCCUGUAAAUAAAUAAAGGCACUUCUUUGAAAGGUUAA